AUGAGCAAAACCGAAUUCUAUCUUUCUCAAUGCAUAGAGGCUGCGUCCAAGUCUUCGAUGACAUAUAACCUCGGCGCCGUCUUGGUAAAGGGUGGAAAGGUUAUAUCCACCGGUCACAACCAUCAUCGAACGCAUUAUGAUGGCAAUGAUGUUCGGACGCAUGGUCAUCGGAAGCCUGUAUCUAUGCAUGCUGAAAUGCAUGCUAUAUACAAUUUGACUGGCAUGUCACCUUCUUUCAAGCAGCAGGUUCAAGGCUCCAAUCGACGACCCACGGGGCCUCAAUCCAAAGCUCAAACGGAAGCGCCAUCACGGUCGUCAAAGGCCUCUCGAAAACAUGCAGGCAGGGCGAACUCGCCUCAUGCAGCCUGUCCGAGCGACCUCAGUAUGAAUCGCGCCAGCUAUGCGUCGUCUAGUGAGCUUGGAUCGGCGAUGGAUCACGAGAAAGGUUGGAAUAUACGCAGGAGAGAGCCAAGAGUCAACGGUGCUGACAUUUACGUGGCUCGCGUGAAUAAAAAUGGGUUGGGCUCUGCAAAGCCUUGCUGGCGGUUUGACGUAAUAAAGGUCAACAGCAUUGAAGGAGAUUCCUACGAGACGCAGUCAGAUAUUCGAUUAUUUGCUGGUUUGGCAUUUUAA